AUGACAAGCUAUGCAAUACGCCAAGUCCGCAGACAUAACCACCCAGAUCCAAACGAACGCAUCCCACCAGGUGUGGAAGAAGUAAUCUCACGCGGCUCCUGCCACAUCGGGAAACUAAAUGACACAACGGUCCUAAAAUAUGCCUCCGACUUCAACGACCCAGGCUACCUAUUGAGCAUCAAAGUUGAACACCGCAUUCUGCAGAUUCUUGGCUCGCACCCCCGAAUUGUCGAAUCUAAAGGCCUUGCCGAAGAUGGUCUCAUCUUGAAAUACUACCCCAACGGCACGCUCCGCAACUACAUCAAGACCCAUCCCCACGAGACACUCGAACGUCGCCUCGAAUGGUGCAAGCAGCUCGUGGAUACACUCUCGUUCGUGCACUCCAAGCGCGUCAUUCAUUGCGAUAUCUGUCUGCACAAUAUCCUCCUCGACGAGAAUUUCGAUGCCGUCCUCGCAGACUUCCAGGGUCUGCUCAUCUCCAGCGGUACCGGUAGGACCAUGCUUGAUGGAUUAACGCGUGAGUGCUCCAAAUCGUACAUGCCGAGGGAGAAUAUGUAUUUUGCGAGCGUUAUUACUGAUCUCUUCGCUGUGGGAUCUGCCAUCUAUCAUCUUAUUGCUGGACAUGAGGUUUUUCCGGAGUUUGAUAGCUUUGACGAUGAGAAGGUGAUCAAUGCUCGAUUUAUUAAUGGGGAAUUUCCGAAGAAUGACUAUGUCGCUAGUCAUAUUGUAGAGAGGUGUUGGAGAGGGGAGUAUGCGUCUGCUGAUGAGAUUUCGGCCGAUAUUGCUGCGGUUCAGGCUGCUAGCAAAGCCGUUGAGGAGACGUUGAGGCUUGAAGGAGUCGAAGAGGACGAGGAUGGCGAAUAUGAGGAGGAAUACUAA